UAUUGAGUGCGCACCUUCUCCGACUCCAUCCUUGGACCCCUGUCAGCUCCCCCACUCGACUUGAAAGCAGAGAAAAUAUAUUUUUUUCCUCCUGGAAGUGGAAUAAAAAAAACAACCCAACUUGUUUUUUAACAGUCGGAACUGAUCCGGCGCGAAGAAGCAGCAAAUCCCAUCUGUUCAGGAGAUCCGGUCGCUUGCGUCCCAGAAAAUGACAAGUUCUCUGGAGAAAGUUGUGGCUGAGAAGAAGGAGGCCAUCGAGGCGCUGAUGGACAUGUUUGAGAAGGGGGCCGAGGUGCUGGCGAGCGCAGUCGGAGAGCUCUUUCCGCUCUGCGAAGCUGCCGCUCCGGUUCUGAAGCUGGCCUUGGACAACGUCCACAGCAAAGAGGUGUUCUACGUCAAAGAGCAGUUCCUGACGGUGAGGAACAAGCUGGACGUGCUCUCCGGCCAGCUGGAAGACAUCGACUCUGAGAUCAAGAAGGGAAAGCUGGACUCCCAGUACUUCUCCGCAGAAGAGAACAUCAGGAACCAGUUUCGGAAGUACAUGGACAUCUUGGAGGCAAAACAGCAGUUCAGGGAGGUGAAGACGAGGCUGUUUCUGGAGCACUUUGCCAAAACUGGAGGAGACAAGAACCUGUAUGUGCUCUACGACGCUCUGAUGGGGACCAACAGCUUUGGAGAACCUAUUUUAGAGAUAGUAGAGAGGUAUGUGGCGAGGAACCGUCGUCUCCUUGAGGAUUUCUGUGUUCGGUUGAAGGAGCUCUUCUGCCUGGGUCUGAUUGCUCUGCUGGGCCACGGCGCCCUCACCCUGCAGAGCCAAGAAGAAGAGCAGGACAAGAUCCAAGAGUGGAGCACCAAAAUCCAAGAGGUGGAGUCCAAGAUGAAGGUGACCAUCGAGUCCUGCACAGCGGCGUUUCCAGAGCAAGCCAAACUAGACGUGCAGCGCCUCCUGCAAGAGAAAGAGGAGGAAAACCUUCAGGACGCAGCUCAGCGGCUUCUGGAGUCCCUGCAGAAAAAAUACGACUGGGUGUCCUGGUCUGUGCGCCUGAUCAACCAUGCGGGCAGCGCCUACCGCAACCUGCGCGCCGGGAAGCACUUCCACCACGUGGCGGGGCAGAACUGGUUCGAGGUGCUUCAGGUGAACGACAUCAGCCUGGUGGUGUCGUUCAGCACCAAGCCCCAGCCGGUUCCCAGCGACUGCAUCCGCCGGCUGAUGGACGGUCCGGGGAAGAAGGGAAACGCUCCGGAGGUGGUGGAGGUGUUGGAGAAGCAGCUGUGCGGCUUCGUCGUCCACGCCGUCAGCCGUCACAAGGAGUCUGCCGCGGCGUGGGGCUUUCCGGACGAGUGCCACUACUGGGGGCGUCACAAGAACGUGGCGGUGUGUGUGCACUCGGACUGAAGCAGUUUUCAGCCAUUCGUGUCAACCUUCUGCAAGACUCAGGAUUAAAACAUCCGUACUUAUCCUUCAUCAGGUGAACAUUACUGCCGAACUGCAUUUAUAACGUGCAAUAGCUGUUUUUUCUUUAAUCACGCUCUUUAUAUACUGUAGCUACAGCAUUAAGACCAAAAGUACUGUGUUGGUCGUCCAUUAGUUAAACUGCUGCUAAAUUUUUCUGUCAAAAUCCAAAGAUGAUUCAUAUAACAUUCUAUAAUGUCAUUUAUUAAACCAUAUUCACAUCUAAUCUUUGUCAUUCACACAUGUGAUUGUUACUGAGCAGUCAAAGUCCAGGACAUGUGAAAACAGUUUUACCUGAGCAACCACGUGCAUCUGGACCAGAACUGCAGGUUAUUUUAAACAGAAAUCUACUCCAGCUUCGUGGUUUUAAGCUCAGCCGCCUGCUGUAACGUUGCCGCCGCCCUCGGCUCCACAGACGAGCCUUUGCAGCGUCUGCAUCUACAUGGCAGCCUGUCUCUCUCCUAGCAGACCGACCUAAAUAACUCUGACAGGGAACGGAGAACGGCGACGUUUUCUCAGAACUAAACAACAAGCAGAGAGUUCUCACACGCAGAGCCGGCCAAACCCAAGGCGAGAUUUGAUUUGGUUCCUCCCACUAUCAGCGAUUUAAACAGGUUUACUAAAGAAACUGAAUUAUUUACCUCUGCCUUCGAUCACAAUGUAAUUUAAUUUAAAAGAUAACAUGCAGAUACAUACAGAACAAAUUACAAAUGAACACAAAAAAAUCUGCAAAAGCCUGUAAAUAAUAAUAAUCUGCUGUGUCCUCUGAAGUUAAGCCAUCCCUUACGGAGCAGUGGGCUGUCCCUGUGCUCUGGAACCCACCAGGCCACCACUCCACCUUAAGUGAAUAACUAAUAAUAAAACAGUAAUAAGUUAUAGAUACAGCAAUCAACAUCAAAGGCUAAUAACUGCACAGUUUGCACACAAUAAGGCCAUAUAUAAAAUAUACUAUAUACAAUAAGAUAACUAUAUACAGAAGCUAUGUAAACUAGCUAUUACAGAAUGUGCAAAACUAGGUACCAAAGAGGCAUUUUACUGACCUCUAGUGGUGCAUUUUAUUACUGCAGCCACCAGAAUGAUAAACUGCCACUAUAGCUACUCCACCUCACCUCUCCUGCUGCAGCUGCACUGUCCUAGAUUUCUCCCAGCAAAGUCAACCAUCAAUUAUUGAAUACUGGCGGUUAUGAGGUCAGGGUCCACCAAUGGUGGCCGGCGCUGCUUCGGUCUGUUAUGGGGGAGAAAGGCCUGGACCAAGAAGCAAAAAUUCUCAAUUUACCAGUCCGUCUACGUUCCGACGCUCCUCUCUGGUCAUGAAUUCUGGAUCCUGAUUGAAAGAAGGAGAUCCUGAAAACAAGCGGCCGUAAAGAGCUUCCUCUGGAGGGUGGCUCAGCCUUAGAGGUGGGGGGGGGGGGGGCUUUUUAUCCAGGAGGAGCUCAAAGUAGAGCCACCGCUUCUCCGCAAUGAAAGGUGUCAGUUGAGGUGGUUUGGGCAUCUGAUCAUGAUGCCCCCCCCCCUCCCUUUUGGAGGUUUUCCUGGCACGUUCCACUGGGAGGAAGACCCAGAACUCCCUGAAGGAACCAUAGGUCCGGUCUGGCCUGGGAACACCUGGGGAUCCCCCAGAAUGAGCUGGAGGACGUCGCUGGGGAGUGGCAUGUCUGAGUUUCCCUCCUGGACCUGUUGCUCCUGCGACUCGAUCUUGGAGAAGUGGAAGACAAUGGAUGAAGGGAUGGAUACGUUAUUGUAAAAGUAAAUUCAUUUCCUUAUUUUGUGGCGCCCGCUGGAGGCCACGGCGCUCUUAGCCUUUGCCUUUAUUGCCCUAAUGGGCCAGCCGGUUCUGCUCAGAUGUGACAAUGUGCCUUAAUAUUUAAAGAGAGCGAGCUCUAAAGUGAAGAAUCUCCCCCAGACUGGUGCCUGUGCUUAUAUGACCUGCAGGAUUCCUUUAAAUUAUUAGUUAGGUAUGAAAAAUUCGACGUCAGUGCACUUUUGCAACAUUUUAAAAGCUUUUUUGUGUUAAAUUGUACUUUGUGUCCAAAUGUGAUGGAUAAAUACUUACAAUAUUUUUACGCAGCUGUUAUUUCUCCCUGUUCACAUGUAGAAUUCAAAACACAUUUAUUCUAUAUUCAAAAUGAAAAGAGGUGAAUUUUGCCCAAAAAUGAAUGGGGGUGAAACAUUUUUCCAAUGUAUCUACGGUGCAUGAUUAACACGAGGAGCAGGAAUGUUUUACUUCUUUAUUGCCAAUAAAAACCAGUGCAUGAUCAGCG